UCGUCCCAUCCUUAUCUUUGACAUCUUAAACCUUGGUGUUACUUUGCACUUAUCCUUUAUCUCUUGAAGAAUUUGCCAUAUCUAUAAGUCCGUGAACAUGCCCUCCCGGGCUGAUAUAACUUACUUCGGCGCCGGUCCGGCAUUGCUCCCGACGGCCGUGCUUGAAAACGCCGCGAAAGCUCUCCUGAAUUAUAACGACACCGGACUAGGAAUUGCUGAGCACUCACAUCGUUCUCAGUAUGCCGCCGAUAUAAUUAACGGGGCAAAGGCCGAUUUGGCCAAUUAUCUUGGCAUUCCCGACAACUAUGAGGUUCUCUUCAUGCAAGGUGGUGGAAGUGGCGAGUUUUCCGCCACCGUCUACAACCUUGUUGGCGCUUGGGUAACCCGAAAAAAGGCUGAGAUCCUGAAACAAUCGGGUGCUCAGAGUGAGGAAGAAGCAAACCAGGAUGAGCUUGUAUCAGCACUGAAGAAAGCAGUUGAUACUGAGCUGAAGCUAGACUACCUAGUAACAGGCGGUUGGUCUUUAAAGGCCUACCAAGAAGCUGGUCGCAUAUUGGGCCCGGAGUACGCCAAUUUGGUGACGGAUUCUCGAACUGUGAACCAGGGAAAAUUUGGCAAGAUUCCAGAUGAGAGCACAUGGAAGCUUUCUAAAAACCCCGCCAUGGUUUACUACUGCGAUAAUGAGACAGUAGAUGGUGUCGAAUUUCCGAAUUUUCCUGAUGCUUUAGGCCCUGACUCGAAUGGUGUUCGCCCUAUCGUCGUCGCGGACAUGUCAUCAAACAUCCUAUCAAGGCGAAUCCCGGUCGAAAACUUUUCGGCUAUUUUCUUUGGCGCACAGAAAAACCUUGGCUCAACCGGAGUGACUGUAGUCAUUAUCAAAAAAGACUUACUUCCUCCAGCGUGCCCGCAACCCUCUCCAGCUUUACUGAGGAAACUCGGUCUUCCGGUUCCUCCUAUCAUCUUCUCUUACGAAACUAUUGCUAAGAACAACAGCUUGUACAACACACUUAGCAUAUUUGAUGUAUUCAUUGCUGGCCAGGUCCUCAAGAAGCUACUUGUCACUUUCCCAGACAAGGUAGAUGGCCAACAAGCGGUCGCCAACCAGAAAGCGGAACUCAUUUACAAAGCCCUUGAGGCGCACCCCGAUGUCUACAGAAUCGUGCCAGAUAAGUCGGUGCGCUCUAGGAUGAAUAUCUGUUUCCGUGUCACAAAAGGCGGUGAUACGGACAGCGCAGAAGCCAAUUUCCUAAAAAGCGCUACGGCCCAGGGACUUACUGGCCUGAAGGGCCACCGAAGUGUCGGAGGUAUUCGCGCUUCCAAUUAUAAUUCGAUUCCACCCGAGGGAGCCCAGAAGCUUGCCGAAUUUAUAAUUAAAUUUGCCCAGUCAUGAAAAUGGACAGCCGCGGAACGGUAGUACACAUUUCUCACUGUGCGAUCUUAGUUCAAUCACAAGCCUAAAUAAAAUGGGCAUAUUCCGUGGUAGCAGUAGUUAUUCUGGCAUGAAAGGUGUGGCGAACAGGUUUGAUUUGGCGUUGGGUGCAUCCAUACCGUAGGGUAUGGCAAAAGGGG